GGAGCGCACACGACCCACCCACAGCCCCACCACGGCCCACGCACCCCCGGCGGGCCGGCAGGCAAAAUCUACAAUCGCAAUCGCAAGAAGCGCGGACGACCCGACGUCGAUUGGAGAGCUUCCGGCGCAAAGACCGUGCUCCGUGAAUCCGCCCGCCCUCCGCCCGCAGUUUGCGAACCUCUCCGUCCGGACGAGCCCCAGCCCGUCGCCCGUCGCCGUACCGCACUUGAUCCAGUCCAGUCCAGGCGCGCCGUUGCACACCACAACAGCGCAACAAAAGUCGUUCAACAUGGCGAAGAAGGCCAAGUCCCGCAUCAUUAACGUGCGCCUGAUCUCAAUGGCCAUGACGGGUUAUUUCUACACCUUCACCCGUCCCCGUACCUCGCUGCCUAUGAGCAUGCUGAAAUACGAUCCGAUCGUUCGCCGCAAGGUCCUCUUCCUCGAACAGAAACGCAAGGGCAGGUCAUAGAUCGUUACUCGCCCCCGGGCCUAACGACCGUCGAACGACCGAGAGCCAGAGCGAGAACGCGGAGCCUGCGAUACGGAAUCAAAGAGCGUAGCGGCGAAGCAGCGACAAGUAAAAAGCUACAGCACCCCCUCCACGGAUUACCACGUCACACCAAGUUACGAUUUCGACCGGGUUGUGUUUCAAGCAGAUCACCAGCAGACAAUGGCCAGUGCUGGCGAGUGAGUUGGAGCUGGAGCUGGAGAGGGGGGUGGACCGGACCGGAACUGGACUGGAUAUAUGGAGAAGAGAGGCGCAAGAAUAAGAUGGGGUCCCUCGUUCCAUCCAGUCUCUGGUCGUGUAUUAUUACUGUACCACCGAUCCAUCAGUAUAUAACAUCACCCUGUGAGUUAUGGAUUGGCACCAUGGAGCGUUUGUUGCUUCUUCGCUCUACCGAUGGGCCAGGUUGAUUAGAGAAUGUACAAGUCAAGAGAUAAGCACAACGCCCCUCGGCCGUCGGCAAUGCUGGG